CGGUCGCGCUAACCGCGGAGGGAGCCGGCGAGAGGCGCGGGGAAAGGGGCGAGCGCUCCCGGCUCCUCGAGCCCGGCGCGCCAUGGCGGGCGCCGGGCGAGUACGCAGCCCAGCGGCCGCGGGCUAGCCGAGCCGGGAGGCCACUGUUGGGUCCCUCCUUCCCUCUGCGUCCCAGGCCUCGGAGCCACCGAGAGGAGGAUGAGUCCCUGGAGCUGGUUCCUGAUGCCGACCCUCUGCCUCCUGCCCGCGAGCGCAGCCCCUCCGCACGGCGCGCCCGCCUCCGCCAACUGCAAGCUCAAGGCCCAACAAAAUGAGUUGAAUUCCAUCUUGUGGACCAUAAAGCGAGACCCACUGUCUUACUUCUCUGGCACGAUCCAUGUCCCGUACACCCGGGUUUGGGACUUCAUCCCGGACACCUCCAAGGAGGCUUUUCAGCAGAGCAGCAUCGUGUACUUUGAGCUGGACCUCAUGGACCCUUACACUAUCUCGGCCCUCACCAGCUGUCAGAUGCUGCCACGAGGUGAGAACCUCCAGGACGUGCUCCCCAGGGACAUUUACGGCCGCCUUAAGCGCCACCUUGAGUACGUCAAGCUCAUGAUGCCCUCGUGGAUGACGCCUGACCAGCAUGGUAAGGGUCUCUGCGCAGACUACCUGCCACCUGCCCAGACUUACAAGCAGCCCUUUGAUCGGAGGGCGGUGAAAGUGCUGGAAAGUGGAGAGGCUCGAAGGGAGUGGGAGGCCUUUAUCUUCGACAAAAAAGGCAUCUGCCGGACCCCAGCCCCCUCGCCCGCCCCUUCAGCCUGUCAGAAGUCCUCCUAUGAGCCCAAGGGGGACACCCUGAAGCCAGCAAGAAUGGCUGGUGGCAAAGCUUUAGGCAAAGCUGCUAUCUGCAUGUUGAGGACAGAAAUCUUUACAGGUUUCAAGGGAAGUAGCCUGAAACGGUACUGUUUCAGGAGCAUGCUGGCCCCAUCCGCCAACACCCUGAUAGCCCACAUCCUUCCUUGUGAGGAUAUGAGUCAGACUCUGCAAACUAUGGUCAUCUUUGCUUUAAACCAGCCCCUCCUGCAGCAGGAGAGCCUGUGAGCGGGCGGCCUUCAGAUCCCCUAUACAACAGAGGACCUCAUCAAACACUAUAACUGCGGGGACCUCAGUUCCAUCAUCUUCAGCCAUGACAGCUCCCAGGUUCCCGAUUUCAUUAAUGCCACGCUACCACCUGUGGAGCGCAUCGCUGCUCAGGAGAUCGACAGCUACUUCCGCUGGGAGCUUAUCUACAAGAUGAACAAGAGAAUGGGGAAGCGGGUGAAGGCCCUUUUGGAGGAGUUCCCUGACAAAGGCUUUUUCUUUGCCUUUGGAGCCGGGCAUUUCAUGGGCAACAACACAGCUCUUGAUGUUCUGCGGCGCGAAGGCUAUGAGGUAGAGCACGCCCCCGCUGGACGACCCAUCAACAAAGAAGAGACCAGAAACCCGUUGUCACAGUCCGUCCCCUCUGCCGUCUUGGCUCCGGAAGCGCCUGCCCCGGAAGCUCAGGUACCGGAAGCUGGGUCUGCCGGGCCCCCACUGUUGCCGCUCCACCAGCCUCUGCCCAGAAGUCCCUACCUGCCGGGCGAGGCACGACGAAAGUUCCGGAAGAAGCGGAGGCGGCCGCAGCGGAGGCAGCGGCUCCGGCAGUUCAUCGACCUGUGGGUCCGACUGGAGGAGAGUGCUGGGAUCCCACAGCUCCAGGUCCCCGUUCUGGACAGGCGCAUCUCCGCCAAGCUGCGGCUCCCUCGCCCUGGGCAGUCUCCCCACAGCCAGAUGGUGGUCAGCAGUGCCUGCCUGUCUGUCUGGACACCUAUGUUAUGGGUGCUGGUGCUGGCUUUCCAAACAGAGACAACCCUCCUGUAAUGACCAGAGAAGCCAAGACCUGAUGCCUCGGACUUGAAGGACAGCCAUUUUGUACUCCACACUGUGCUCUGGCCCUGAUAGGCCCAACCCAGGAGAAGAGACUCAAAAUUAAAAAGCCAGCGUUGAUUCUUCUUUUCCCAAGGAAUG